AAUUCACUUGCAAAGCCACAAAGUUCUUCACUUUUUCAUUCAAUUGAAUCAAUCUCCAGUAGAGUUGCAAUAUGGCACCAAUCAAAGUGACAGAAAUUAAUUUAGCUCAACGCCACCAAUCAAGAAUGACAAUGAUCUCAAAUUCAAUAAAAGCAAUAGCAUUCAAGAAACAACAGAUAACACAAGUAUUCCAAAAGGGCGAUGAAGUUGAAGUGGCAAGUCAAGAAUAUGGAUUCAUAGGCUCUUACUACACAGCAACUAUUCUUUCUACCAUUGGUGCUUAUCAUUACAGAGUCAAGUACAAGACUCUGUUGACUGAUGACGAGUCUGCACUGCUAGAGGAUGUUGUCCCUGCAGCCGAGGUCCGCCCUGCUCCACCUCAUCAACAUGAAACUAUGUCAGAAAACGGAUUCCUUCUGUACAAUAUGGUUGAUGUAUUUGCCAACGAUGGAUGGUGGUUUGGGUUUAUCAGUGGGAAAAUUGGAGAAGAGUACUAUGUCUACUUCCCUACAACUGCGGAUAACAUUGCAUACCCUCCUCAUGUGUUGAGAUUUCAUCAAGAAUGGUCUAAUGGCAAGUGGAUAUUUCUUUCAAGACAAGGAGGGAUUAAUUUUUGAUCUAUACUGAUUUUGAUUUGAAGGAAUUUUUGAUCGACUGUAGUGAAAUAGGAAUGCGAUUUAUUAAUCAUUCUAUUUAUGCCAAUUCAAGUUUAGUCGCAAAUUGUUAUGUUGCUGAUAAAGAAUUUGAUUUGUUAUGGUUGCAACCAUUUGUUGCUGAGAUGAUCUGUUUUUCUUUGCUUCCAGAAUUGACACUACCCAUACUUAAAAAGGAUCAAAACAUAUAGUUCUUCUUACAUUUUAACUAAUUCAAUUA